UUCCCUUGUCACUAUCCACCUGUCACCAAACCCCCAUUUUCUCUCUCGUCCCUCUCUCUCUCUCCAUGUUACUGUCUCGAUAUCUCUGAGACUCUCCUCUCAAACCCUAUCUCCCACCACCACCUCUCUGAUGGCCUCCGACGACCACGACCACCGCCGCCACCACAACAACCACCGCCACCACUUCGACCUCAACGAAAACGGCGACACCACCACCACCAACAACCACCAUGUCCAACCCAACAAAAAGCCAAAGCUCUCUCUCAUCUCCGACGCCGACCUCCGAUCCGAAUUCGCUCACCACGACUCCUCCGUCGCACGAAUCAACAACGGCAGCUUCGGAUCGUGUCCAGCCUCAAUCAUCGCCGCACAGCAACAAUGGCAGCUCAAGUUCCUCCAACAACCCGACGAUUUCUACUUCAACAAGCUCAAACCCUCGAUCCUCAAAACUCGAACCCUAAUCAAGGACCUAAUCAACGCCGACGAUGUGGAGGAAGUCUCGAUCGUCGACAACGCCACCACCGCCGCCGCCAUCGUCCUCCAGCAGACCAGCUGGGCCUUCGCCGAGGGCAAAUUCGACGCCGGCGACACCGCCGUCAUGCUUCACUACGCCUACGGAGCCGUCAAGAAGUCGGUUCAGGCCUACGUGACCCGCGCUGGAGGCCGAGUCAUCGAGGUCCAAUUACCUUUCCCUGUGAACUCUAAUGAUGAAAUUAUUUGUGAAUUUCGUAAAGCCCUAGAGAAAGGAAAAUCGGAUGGUCAUAAAGUUAGAUUAGCUGUUAUAGAUCAUAUUACUUCUAUGCCUUGUGUUGUGAUUCCUGUUAAAGAAUUGGUUAAGAUUUGUAGAGAUGAAGGUGUUGAUCAAAUUUUUGUUGAUGCCGCGCACUCAAUUGGGUCUACUGAAGUAGAUAUGAAGGAAAUAGGGGCUGAUUUUUAUACUAGUAAUCUGCAUAAAUGGUUUUUUUGUCCACCUUCUGUUGCGUUUUUGUACUGUCGAAAAUCGGAUAAGGCUUUGGCUUUGCAUCAUCCUGUUGUUUCGCAUGAAUAUGGGAAUGGGUUGGCAAUCGAGAGUUCGUGGAUUGGGACGAGGGAUUAUAGCGCCCAGCUCGUAGUUCCAGAGGUGGUGGAGUUUUUGGAUAGAUUUGAAGGUGGGAUUGAGGGGAUAAGGAAGAGGAAUCAUGAGAAGGUUGUUGAGAUGGGUGAAAUGUUGGCAAAAGCAUGGGGGACAAAUCUUGGGUCCCCACCGGAGAUGUGUUCGAGCAUGGUUAUGGUUGGGUUGCCAGCUUGUUUUGGGAUUUCGAGUGAUUUGGAUGCAUUGAAGUUCAGAACCCAUUUGAGGGAUUGUUUUGGGGUUGAAGUGCCAAUAUAUUAUAGAGCACCGAAAGAUGGGGAGGUUAAUCCAAUAACGGGGUAUGCACGGAUAUCUCAUCAAGUUUACAACAUAAUCGAUGAUUAUUACAAGUUCAGGGAUGCUGUUAACAAUCUCGUUAACAAUGGGGUUACUUGUGCCAGUCUCUCGGAUUGAAAAGUGGGAGAUUGUACGAGCACCUGAUGAAUAAAACCCAUGCUUCCCAAGUUGACUAUUAUGCUUCUGGACCACAGGGGGAAGCAGUGGACAAAACCAACUACAAAAUUGAAACAUGUCUGCAAAACUAAAGGAGGUGUGUUCUAAAAGCUUUUGAAGAAACAAAUUCCUUGUGAAAUUGUCAAAUUGUCAAUCCGGGAAUAUUCUGUUGUUAAUGGUUUGCUAAUCUGACUUUCCUUGCUUUUUUUAUUUUUUCAAUUACAAUUUGCCACCAACCGUGAAUUAGAACUUAUCUGUUCAGACUGUACCUGACAGAAUCGACAUCGACAAUGCUGUUGUUUGUUGUCACUCUGCAUAAGUUCCAUCAUCUUGGUUGUUAAUAAAUAAAUAAAUUUUCCAUCACUUC